CAUCUCGUCAUCGUCAUACUUCAUAUCUCUUGUGUAGGUGAUCGCACGCCAUUUUCGUAGGGAAACUUCGUGGUGCGUUGAAGUUUGUUCCCGUAUAUUCAUUGACUUUGUGUUUAGCGUCGGUCGUCACGAAUUUCUUUAGACAAAGUAGCACUUAGACGAUGGGCGAAGAUUUCAACGGAGAUCGUGAUAGACAGGAUAGGGAUAAGGAUAGAGAUAGAGACAGAGAUCGUGAUAGGAGACACCGAUCGCGCAGCAGAGAUCGCAGAAAGCGGUCACGUUCUCGCUCAAAAGAUCGCAGAGAUCGAAAGAGGAGUAAUUCACCGAAGAAGAGUCGCAGCUCUAGGAGAAGAAAACCAUCUCUUUAUUGGGAUGUGCCACCACCUGGCUUUGAACAUAUUACUCCUCUGCAGUACAAAGCUAUGCAGGCAGCUGGACAGAUACCCGCAAAUAUCGUAGCAGAUACACCCCAAGCUGCUGUGCCUGUAGUUGGCAGUACAAUAACUCGGCAGGCCAGAAGACUUUAUGUAGGGAACAUUCCAUUCGGCGUUACUGAGGAAGAGAUGAUGGAGUUCUUCAAUCAACAAAUGCACCUGUCAGGACUUGCGCAAGCUGCUGGCAAUCCAGUAUUGGCUUGUCAAAUUAAUUUAGACAAAAAUUUCGCAUUUCUGGAGUUCCGGUCGAUAGACGAAACUACACAAGCCAUGGCGUUUGAUGGCAUAAAUUUCAAAGGACAGAGUUUGAAGAUAAGGAGGCCGCACGAUUAUCAACCAAUGCCGGGAAUGACAGAUAAUCCGAGCAUGAACGUGCCAGGUACGGUCCCUGAUUCGCCGCACAAGAUCUUCAUUGGUGGUUUACCCAAUUAUUUGAACGAGGAACAGGUGAAAGAGCUGCUGAUGAGUUUUGGCCAGCUGAGGGCAUUCAACCUAGUGAAGGAUUCCGCGACCGGUCUCUCCAAGGGUUAUGCAUUCUGUGAAUACGUAGACGUCUCCAUGACCGAUCAAGCUAUCGCAGGUCUCAAUGGUAUGCAGUUAGGUGACAAAAAAUUGAUCGUGCAACGUGCCAGUGUAGGCGCGAAGAAUCCCAUGAUAGGUACACAAGCUCCAGUACAAAUUCAAGUGCCUGGUUUGUCCAUGGUUGGCUCGAGCGGGCCUGCGACAGAAGUGCUUUGUUUGCUUAAUAUGGUUACUCCCGAAGAGUUGAUGGAGGAAGAGGAGUACGAGGACAUUCUCGAGGACAUCAAAGAAGAAUGCAACAAGUACGGCGUGGUGCGAUCCGUGGAAAUUCCGAGACCCAUCGAGGGUGUCGAUGUACCUGGAUGCGGCAAAGUAUUCGUUGAGUUCAAUAGCGUGAUCGACUGCCAGAAGGCGCAGCAAACUCUCACAGGACGAAAGUUUAACAACCGCGUGGUUGUCACGUCGUACUUCGAUCCUGACAAAUACCAUCGUAGAGAAUUCUAAGCUGUAGAAACUUGUCUUUUCAUACCAUUUAAUAUUAAUUAUACAUAUAUAUAAAUACAUAUAUAUAUACUAAUGUAUAUGAAUAUAAUGUAUAUGGAUGGUGA